AUGGCCACAAUCGACGAAACUCUAGCGAUCUUCCUCAAGACACACGCGCCCAACAACGCUGCCGACGAGACGGACGCUGUCAAGGCCUCGCAGGCUCUCUUCCCCGAAGUCACCUACUCCGACGCCGAGAAGACUGAGCUCAGCCAAUGGCUCAUCACCGCCUCCCACAUCGCCUCUUCUUCUGAGGACGCCGCGAAAGCCUCCGAGCGCCUGUCGUCACUGAACACACAUCUGUCCAGCCGGACCACCGUCCUCGGCGCCAAGCCCUCCGUCGCAGACAUUGCCCUCUACCAGAAGCUCGCACCGGUCGUCUCCAAGUGGAGUGCUGAGGAGAGGACUGGAGAGCAAGGAUACCACCACAUUGUCCGCCAUGUCGACUUUGUCCAGAACUCGCCUGUCUUCGGCCUGAAGCUGGACGACAAGGUCAACAUCGACCAGGACAGUGUCAUCUUCAAGAUCAAGCCGGUAGACGCAAAGGCGGAGAAGGAGCGCAAGAAGAAGGAGAAGGAGGCUGCCGCUGCCAACGCCGCUGCGUCUGGUGCCACAGCUACUACCCUGACUGGCGACCAAGGACAAAGUGGACAGGGCCAGGCAGGCAAGAGCAAGGCCGAGAAGGCCAAGGGCAAGGCCGAGGCUGCUGGCUCCGCUGUAGCAUCCGCAGUCGUUGGAAACGCAGCUGGCGGUGUUCCAGAGGGUGCGCCAACCGAGAAGAAGAAGAAGGAAAAGAAGGAGAAGCAGCCCAAGCCCCAGAAGGCUGCGCCAGUCGAGAAGCCUCUCUCCCCCGCCCUCAUCGACCUACGUGUAGGCCACAUCCUCAAGGCCGAAACCCACCCCAACGCCGACUCGCUCUACGUAUCCACAAUCGCAUGCGGCGACGCUCCCGGCACAGACAACACUUCCGAGUACGAAGGCCAGAUCGUGCGCACAGUAUGCUCUGGUCUUAACGGCCUGAUCCCCCUUGCUGAGAUGCAGAACCGCAAAAUUGUCGCCGUGUGCAACCUGAAGCCCGUCACCAUGCGCGGUGUCAAGAGCUGUGCAAUGGUACUCGCUGCAUCACCACGCGUCGCCGAGGGCGAGGACAGCCACAAGGGACCAGUCGAGCUGGUGGAUCCCCCCAAGGAGAGCAAGGCAGGUGACCGGGUCUACUUUGAGGGCUGGGAAGGCGAGCCUGAGCCUGUACUCAACCCCAAGAAGAAGGUCUGGGAGAUGAUCCAGCCGGGCUUCACUACAACAGAUGGUCUGGAAGUGGGCUUCGACGUCGGUGUCGUGCCACAGUUGAGCGGCGAGGGUGCGGAUAAGAAGACGGGUGUAGCCAAGCUGAGGACCAAGGACGGCCUGUGUAGCAUCCCCACUCUCAAGGGAGGUGUUGUGCGAUAG